CUGCGGGACAGCGACGGCGCCCGGGCCGAAAGCCUCACUAAGGGUCAGGCUCGGUGCCGCCCGCCUACCGGGUCAGCGCCCGCACCUUCCCGCACCUCCGCCGGCCUCGGCCAACGGACGUGGGGGGCGGGGCCCUCGCCGCGACUUCCGGGAAGGUGGGCGUGGUCAGGGUGUCUAAGCCAAUGACAAUGCGGGGGCGGGGCCUCAAUAGAAGCAGGAAAUGGCGGCGGCCGCGGAGUCCGUGAGUGCGGCGGGGCGGGGCUUGGUUGUGGCUCCUCCUUCGCCCGCCCCCUGAGCUCCCUGGCAGGGGCGGGGGUCUCGGGGUUCGCGGCUGGGUGUCCAGACGCCGAGGCUGGUGUGGAGAAGGGCCCCGCUCGCCGGGGCAGAGGCCGGACAGGUCCGGGACACCGGGGGCUGGCCCUGCACAAGGACGCCCCACCCGCGCCUGGCUCCCCCGGUCUGCUCCAGUUUGCCUUGGCGAGUAACCGCGGCCAGGCCCCUUCCCUCGGCCCCGCAGCGCGUGAAGUCUCGCCCGUCCCGGCCCCAAUGCCCUCCUUUGUGGCUUCCUCUCCCCAGCCGCCCGCCCGCCGCCAUGCUGCCCCUGCUGCCCCUGCGCCUGUGCCGGCCGUGGCCCCGCAGCCCUCCCGCCCGGCUCCUCGCCACGGCCGCCCGGCAGCGGUCUGGCCAGAGUAACUACUAUGAACUGUUGGGGGUGCACCCGGGUGCCAGCGCUGAAGAAGUUAAACGAGCUUUCUUCUCCAAGUCCAAAGAGCUGCACCCUGACCGGGACCCCGGGAACCCAUCCCUGCACUGCCGCUUUGUGGAGCUGAGCGAGGCAUACCAGGUGCUCAGCCGCGAGCAGAGCCGCCGCAGCUACGACCACCAGCUCCGCUCAGCAACUCCCCCAAAGUCUCCAGGAGCCACAGCCCAUCCCAGCAGCUCCUGGGCACCCCCCAAUGCACAAUACUGGGCCCAAUUUCAUGGCGGGAGGCCUCAGGGACCAGAGUUGAGGCAGCAACAGCGGAAACACAACCAGCGCGUGCUGGGGUACUGCCUCCUGAUCAUGCUGGCAGGCAUGGGCCUGCACUACGCUGCCUUCAGGAAGCUGGAGCAGGUGCACCGUAGCUUCAUGGAUGAAAAGGAUCGGAUCAUCACGGCCAUCUACAAUGACACGCGGGCCCGGGCCAGGGCCAACAGAGCCAGGCUCCAGCAGGAGUACCGGCAGAGGCAGCAGCUGCAGCCGCCACCUGGGCCUCCCCCAGGCCCGGGGAUCGCGCCCCCGAGCACCAGCCCCUGAGGCGCAUCCCUGGAUGGGACCUCCUGGGCGUCCCCUCCCGGGACUCCCGACUCCCCGAAAUGCGUGCAAUAAAAUGAUUCUCAGA